CAAUGGGGAUCUCCAGGAUCAACCUUCACAUAUGUCUUUUAUGGGGUCAAGUUUUCCUUACAGGUAUGGGAUCAAAUUUCUUCGUAACUAGUCAAGAAACCACAUACCCUCCAGCCGCCGGGACAUUCAUGAGAGUGAUCAGAAGGGGGGAGCAAGGAGUUAGCAGGCCUCAAGUACACGUUGAGCACGUCCUGGACAGGGUCCAGUUGGUCUUUCCUUCCUCUUUGCUGGUCUCAUCCACACCCUACUUCGAUGCAGGUUUGCCUCUGAGGCUGGUGAAUGGACGUGACCGGUGCCAGGGCCGAGUGGAGGUCCUCUACCAAGGCUACUGGGGCACCGUGUGUGACGACAGCUGGGACACCCAGGAUGCAGAUGUCGUCUGUCGGCAGCUCGGCUGUGGCCACGCUGUGUCAGCCCCCGGUGGGGCUCACUUUGGUCAGGGGUCGGGGAACAUUCUCUUGGGUGCGGUGUACUGCUCCGGAUGGGAGUCCUACCUGUCGAGCUGCGGCCAUGAUGGCUGGUACAACCACGACUGUGGCCACAGGGAAGACGCCGGAGUCGUGUGCUCAGAUUCUUUGGCUUUCUUUGACUCAACCACCGAGCCUGCUCCACAAGGGACUGAUCCUGGGUUCGGGCUGAGGCUGGUGAAUGGAGGAGACCGCUGUCAGGGUCGUGUGGAGAUCUGGUACCAGGGGUCCUGGGGCACCGUGUGUGAUGACGGCUGGGACACCAGAGAUGCCAACGUGGUGUGCAGGCAGCUGGGCUGUGGCCGGGCUGUGCAUGCUCUGGGAAAUGCCCAGUUUGGUCAAGGUUCUGGGCCUAUUGUUCUGGACGACGUGGACUGCUCAGGUCAUGAAUACUACCUGUGGCACUGUGCCCACAAUGGGUGGCUUACCCACAACUGUGGGCACGGAGAGGACGCUGCAGUCAUCUGUUCAGAUCCCUCUUCAUCCUCCCCCAUACCAGAUGUAUGGCCUACCACCACCACCCCAAUUACCCCAAUAGGGACUGAUCCUGGGUUCGGCCUGAGGCUGGUGAAUGGAGGAGACCGCUGCCAAGGUCGCCUGGAGGUCCUAUACCAAGGGACCUGGGGCACCGUGUGUGAUGAUGGCUGGGACACCAGAGAUGCCAAUGUGGUGUGCAGGCAGCUGGGCUGUGGCUGGGCUGUGCAUGCCCUGGGAAAUGCCUGGUUUGGCCAAGGUUCUGGGCCCAUUGUUCUGGAUGAUGUGGGCUGCUCAGGUCAUGAAUACUACCUGUGGCAAUGUCCCCACAACGGGUGGCUUUCCCACAACUGUGGGCAUGGAGAGGACGCUGGCAUCAUCUGCUCAGUUUCCACUCCAUCCUAUCCUAUACCAGAUGUAUGGCCCACCACCCCUGCUGCAAUUACCCCAACAGGUAAGAAGUCUCUCACACAUACCUGGGGUUCCCUAUUACUUGUCGGUAAACAUGGCCUUGGAAAUCCUAGAAUGAGAGUGAAGAGCGCCUGCCUACACCAUGUCUGUGGCCUGGGCGAGUACAAAGCUGAGUGUGAGAGCACCAGUCUCAUCUUCGGUAGAAGUGCCCGUUUUGGUUCAGGUUCCGGACCGAUUGUCCUGGAUGACGUGGCCUGCUCAGGUCAUGAAUCCUACCUGUGGAAUUGUCACCACCGUGGGUGGCUCUCCCACAACUGUGGGCACCAAGAGGACGCUGGAGUCAUUUGCUCAGCUGCCCCAACUCCAUCCAGUCUCAUCCCAGCUGUAUGGCCUACCACCACUCCCACAACUACUCCUAGAGGUUCCGGACCGAUUGUCCUGGAUGACGUGGCCUGCUCAGGUCAUGAAUCCUACCUGUGGAACUGUCGCCACCGUGGGUGGCUCUCUCACAACUGUGGGCACCAUGAGGAUGCUGGAGUCAUCUGCUCACAUGUUGUGCAGUAUCCCACACCCUUGCCAGGUCAGUCGUCGCCCUUGCCAGGCUGGUGGGAUACAACAGCUCCUAAUAAUGGAACUGAUUCCAGGUUGGCCCUGAGGCUGGUGAAUGGAGGAGGCCGCUGUCAGGGCCGUGUGGAGAUCCUGUACCAAGGUUCCUGGGGCACCGUGUGUGAUGACAGCUGGGACACCAACGAUGCCAACGUGGUGUGCAGGCAGCUGGGCUGUGGCUGGGCCAUAUCUGCUCCGGGAAAUGCCCAUUUUGGUUCAGGUUCUGGACCAAUUGUCCUGGAUGACGUGGCUUGCUCAGGUCAUGAAUCCUACCUGUGGAACUGUCGCCACCGUGGGUGGCUCUCCCACAACUGUGGACACCAUGAGGAUGCUGGAGUCAUCUGUGCAGGAAACUACCCACAAACAACAACUUAUCCUUCCACUAUCAUCCACCCAAACAAAAACUAUUCCUGUGGAGGCUUCCUGUCACAACCAUCAGGGAGAUUUUCUAGCCCCUUCUACCCUGGAAAUUAUCCGAACAAUGCCAGAUGUGUGUGGGACAUUGAGGUCCCAAACAACUACCUUGUGACUGUCAUCUUCACAGAUGUCCAGCUGGAAAAUGGCUGCAACUAUGACUACAUUGAGGUUUUCGAUGGCCCCCACCACAGCUCCCCUCUCAUUGCUAAGAUCUGCAACGGGUACAGGGGCUCCUUCACUUCAACAUCGAACUUCAUGUCAGUUCGCUUCACCAGUGAUCAGAGUAUCACACAGAGAGGGUUCCAGGCUGAGUACUACUCCACCUUUGCUAAUGAUAGCACUAAUCUCAUUUGUCUGCCGAAUCACAUGCAAGCCAGCGUGAGCAAGGCCUACCUCCAUUCCCUGGGCUAUUUGUCCAGCGAUCUUGUCAUUUCUGGCUGGAACAGGAGCUAUCCUUGUCUGCCCCAGAUAACGUGGACUCACGUGAUAUUCACAAUUCCCUACGUGGGCUGUGGCACCAUCAGGCAGGUUGAUAAUGACACCAUCAGCUAUUCCAACUUACUCAGAGCAGCUGUUUCAAAUGGCAUCAUCAAAAGGAAAAAAGACCUCAACAUUCACGUCACCUGCAAGAUGCUCCAGAACACCUGGGUCAACACCAUGUACAUUACUAACGACACCACAGAGGUCCAGGAAGUCCAGUAUGGCAAUUUCAAUGUGAACAUUUCUUUCUACACAUCUCCUUCCUUCUUAUAUCCUGUGACCCACAACCCGUACUACGUGGACCUGGAUCAGAAUCUGUAUCUUCAGGCUCAAAUCCUCCAUUCUGAUGCCUCGCUGGCCUUAUUUGUGGACACUUGUGUGGCUUCACCAUAUCCCAAUGACUUCACAUCAUUGACCUAUGAUCUCAUCCGGAGAGGGUGCGUAAGGGAUGAAACCUUCCAAGUCUACUCCCAACCCUCUCCCCAUGUGGUCCGCUUGAAGUUCAAGUCCUUCCACUUCCUGAACCGCUUCCCCUCAGUGUACCUGCAGUGUAAACUGGUGGUGUGCAGAGCCUACGACUAUUCUUCCCGGUGCUACAGAGGCUGUGUUGUGAGGUCCAAGAGAGACGUGGGCUCCUACCAGGAGAAAGUGGAGGUCGUCCUGGGGCCCAUCCAGCAGCAAGUCCCACCUGAAGCCAAGAAGAGCCCGGGUAGGUGGCCAGUCUCGGAUGACCCCACUGCCCACUGAAGCCCUGGCCCAUGACACUCGUUGAAUUAAGACGCAGUUGGUGUCACGUUACAACCCAAAUGUGCCAGGCACACUGUACUAUGCCUGGGCAGAGAGUUUGAUCCACAAGGCAUAUAGACCUGAUGCUUUAUUUUCUGGGUUCUGAACUC